GCGGGGGCUCCCUGACAGACCCCCGGUUUGGGCGGUCACGGCUUUGUCCGCGCCCGGUGACGCGGAGACGCGGCACGCCGCUGUGCCGCUCCGUGCGCGGUGCUCGCCGCCGUGCCUAAGCACCACAACCUCCCCGUAACUGCCCCUGUCACAGCCAGAUUCCAACAAAGUCCCGUUGCACAUAACCGGUCUCACUAAAACCGCCGGGCGCAGCCGGGCCGUGGCCGCAGCGGUGCGGGUGCUGUGCCCCGUCACGCCGCUCGGCGGUGCCGCAGGCAUGGCCCCGGCCCGGCCGUGCCGCCGGUGGCUGCCUGCCGCGCCUCACGGCGCCUCGGCCUCCCGCUGCCCCUGCUCCCGCCACACCUGAGGGCACCCGCCCGGGCUGUCGGGCAGCGGAGCAUUAGCAGCAAGCUCAGGGUGCCGCGGGGCCGGGAGGUGCCGCUGCUCCCGGUGAGGAACUGGAAAGAACCAGCUCGGGAGGACGCCGGCGGGCGGUGGGCUGGAGGGAAGCUUUACAGAGGAGGCGCGAAUUCAGUCAGAGAACAUGCAAAUAAACCAUCUUAAGUUUCCAGAUACAAAGGGAAAAAACAAACAAACAAACAAACAAACAAUAGCCUUCCUGUGAUCUCCACAAAAGGAAUCAGCAGAAGGAGAAGCAGCAAGUUUUCUGCACAGGCUGUGCUAACUUCCAUUUGUUUUAAGUUUGUGUUGAGGAUUGACAAACAUGGAUUUGGGUUAUGCACUGAACUGAAAUUCUUGAUGGUUAAGAGAAGCAAGAUCACCAAAGAGUACAAACAAAUCUCCUGUGUGAGAGAUGGCAUGACAUUUGUCAUAUAUUCACUGCUUAGUAGAGAAAAUUAAAUUUUGAUUUAAGCGCUCCUGUUAUUUUUUGUUACUUCUCAUUUCCUGCCUUUCUCAUGCCUCAUCUGUCUGCCCUUCGAGUUCCCAGACCUUCCAACUGUUAGUGUUCGUGGUGCUGAAGGAAAUACUGGGUCUGUAUAGGACAGCCAUUUUGAGUUAUGUGCUCAUGAUCUAUUGUUUUCCUCCAGAGAGAUUCCUGAAUACAUUACACAGGUCCAGUACUAAAUUUGCAAAUGCAUGUUGUCUCUUUUCUAUUCCCUUUUUUAUUAUUUGUUGGAAGAAAAUGUAAUCUAACCUCAGGAGGAAAGAAAGAAAGCAUGAUAUGCUCAUGUGAUGCACUGGGGUUGCCAGUUCCCAAGGAGAACAGCCUCAUAGGCGUGACAUCCGGACAAAGAUGUAGAUGACGGAAAGGUGUUUUGCCCUUCGGGCUUGGAAUUAAACCUCUCAAGAGCAGACCAGGACGUUUCUCUGAGGAAAUGGAUACAUCUUCCCCAAAGUACCCAGUCAAAAAGCGAGUGAAAAUUCAUCCCAACACGGUAACAGUAAAAUAUACUUCUCAUUAUCCCCAGCCAGGAGAAGAGGGAUAUGAGGAUGGUAAUGAAGAUACUGGAGUAUUUAUGGAGGAUAAUCCUAAAAAAAGACUAUUGAGUGAUGGGAAAAAGAGAGGAAGGACCUUUUUCGGUACGAUAGACACCCAGCUCCAGCCAGCACAACUACCAAAAGCCAGUGAGAUGGGGCAUUUCCAGAACUUUCCCGAAGGAAAUAUACUGCAGUCGAGGAAAAUGUGGAUAGUCCUUUUUGGAUCUGCUGUGGCUCAUGGAUGCGUGGCUCUAAUUACAAGAUUAAUUUCCGAUCGUUCCAAAGUGCCAUCCCUAGAGCUGAUUUUCAUCCGCUCGGUCCUACAGGUGCUGUCCAUUACCGUUGUGUGUUAUUACCACGAGCCACCCUUUGGCCCCAAAGGGUACAGACUCCGGCUCUUCUUCUACGGGGUCUGCAACGUUAUCUCUAUUACCUGUGCUUACACUUCCUUCUCCAUAGUUCCCCCCAGUAAUGGGACCAUCAUGUGGAGGGCUACCACUACGGUGUUCAGUGCCAUUUUGGCUUUUUUACUGGUAGAUGAAGGAAUGGCUUACGUAGACAUAAUUACUGUUGUUGGCAGUGUGUUUGGUGUCUGUCUGGUCAUGAUCCCCAACAUCGUCAGGGAAGAAAACUCUUCGCUGAGCACCUGGAAGGAAGCUUUUGGCUACACCAUGACCGUUAUGGCAGGCUUGACCACUGCUCUCUCCAUGAUAGUCUACAGGUCAAUCAAAGACAACAUCAGCAUGUGGACAGCACUGUUCACCUUCAGUUGGACGGGAACAGUGUGGGGAGCAUCCACCAUGUUCGUGCUUCAGGAGCCAAUUGUCCCGCUGGAUGGAGAAACCUGGAGCUAUCUCCUUGCCAUCUGCCUCUGCUCCACAGCAGCCUUCCUGGGGGUCUACUAUGCCCUGAGCAAGUUCCAUCCCGCUUUGGUCAGCACUGUACAGCACCUGGAGAUAGUCAUCGCCAUGGUCCUGCAGCUCAUCGUGCUGCGCAUCUUCCCAGGUACUUAUGAUCUCAUUGGGGGAGCAGUUAUUUUGGUUAGUGUUUUUUUUCUCACAUGUUAUAAACUGUCCUGGAAGAAUUUAGGAAGACAGGAUUAUCAGGAGAUCGUGGAUUCUUCCAUUAAAUGAAGCGCAGUUUUGUUGUUCAGUUCUGGUUGCGUGACCACGUGAAAGUGACAUAUUCCAACUCUGUUGUGCUCUCGUGUACUGGUCAGGUCCGCUCUCUACUGUUUAACUUCACAGCUGAUGUAGCAACAUCGGUAUUUUCAGAUUUCUGUGACAGGUGAACUUGUUCUAGUGCAUACAACCACUGACAUUUUUAUGUCGUAUGAGAAAAGGAUAUUUGUCUGCAGCACAUAGGGUGCGUGAGUGGAAGCACAGAUGGCCUGCCAAAGUGCAGGCCAAGCCAUAGGCAUUUUCCUCCUCACCUUGCUGGGAUAAGGCAAUACAGCGACAGAGGGAUUCACUCGUGACUGUCAGUCCCGUGCGCUGUGGUAGUAGGAAAUGAACAGUAAAAACAUUAAAAUGGUCAAGCACAGCGUUUGUGUCCUCUGUAACACUUCUUCCGCUUUGGCUGUAAUGUUCUAAAUGAAGAAAUGGUAAUGUUUCUGUGAUGACUACUUGUGUUCCCUGUGCGUGUAUAAACAAAAGAAUACA